CAACGAGGCGCUCAUAAACAUUCUCGAAGCACACGUUUAAAACGUCUUGAAAUCCCUGUCCGUAAGCUAUGAUAUCUGGUCGAUAUGUGAAUCACGUCGAAUAAGAUCGUUCAAGAAUGGAAUUACGCGAGUUUGGAAAGUGGUGGGGUUGGCUGUACUGUCGGAAAAUCGAGUUCGAAAACAGGUGUUUGAAGAUAAACUGGAAUGAGGUAUCGGUUGUUGUGGGCAACCGGCUUGGUGGUUCUCACGUACUACGGUAGUCUACAAUUUCGGCGGAUUGAAAACAGAUCGGGGUUAGUUGAAAUCAAGACAGCUGAUUCGAUUGUUUAGUUUUAUUGUCCUGUACAAGAAAUAGUCAAUUCAACAUGAGUUACGUUUGAAAUGUGUUUGGUGUUAUUUGUUGUAAAUAAAUAAACAGUAAGAUGCCCCAUCAAUAUGGGCUGCCUGGGAUAGCCCAUGGACAAUCACCCCCAACACCACCACCCCAACAGGGGGCAAUGUACGGAGGUAGGUUUUCUGGAGCAGUUGUGCCUGGGGGAUACAGAGAAGAUAGGAGGCUGACAAGGGAAGCUAUGGAGAGGUAUCUACGCGAUAGAUCAGACAUGGUUAUUGUUAUACUCCACGCCAAAGUAGCCCAGAAGUCCUAUGGUAACGAGAAACGUUUUUUCUGUCCACCCCCCUGUAUAUACCUCUUCGGAGAUGGUUGGAGACUGAGACAGGAACAGAUGGCCAGGGAGGGUGAGUCCGAACAGUCCUCUCAGCUGUGUGCGUUCAUAGGAAUCGGUAACUCCGACCAAGACAUGCAACAAUUAGACUUGAACAAUGGGAAACAGUAUUGUGCUGCGAAAACUUUGUACAUAUCAGAUUCCGAUAAACGGAAACAUUUCAUGCUGUCUGUGAAGAUGUUCUACGGUUCAGGACAUGAUAUCGGUGUGUUUCAUAGCAAAAGGAUCAAAGUUAUUUCUAAACCCUCCAAGAAAAAACAAUCUUUAAAGAACGCUGAUUUGUGUAUAGCUAGUGGUACUAAGGUGGCACUUUUUAAUCGGUUAAGGUCACAAACUGUAAGUACAAGGUAUCUGCAUGUGGAAAACGGACAUUUUCAUGCCAGUUCUACUCAGUGGGGUGCUUUUACGAUACAUCUACUUGAUGACAAUGAGUCGGAAAGUGAGGAGUUUCAAGUGAGAGAUGGGUACAUACACUAUGGGUCCACUGUUAAAUUAGUUUGCUCAGUCACCGGUAUGGCUUUGCCCAGAUUGAUAAUCAGGAAGGUGGAUAAACAGCAGGCUCUUCUUGAAGCUGACGAUCCUGUUUCCCAACUCCACAAAUGUGCCUUCUACAUGAAGGACACAGAGCGAAUGUACCUGUGCUUAUCUCAGGAAAGGAUAAUACAGUUUCAGGCUACCCCAUGCCCAAAGGAAGCCAAUAAGGAAAUGAUAAAUGACGGGGCAUGCUGGACCAUCAUUUCUACUGAUAAGGCCGAAUAUCAGUUCUACGAGGGAAUGGGGCCUGUCCGGUCACCUGUAACACCCGUCCCUAUUGUACAUAGUCUUCAUUUGAAUGGUGGUGGUGAUGUUGCUAUGUUAGAGUUGACCGGAGAUAAUUUUUCUCCUUCCCUUCAAGUUUGGUUUGGUGAUGUUGAAGCGGAAACUAUGUAUAGAUGUCAGGAAUCCAUGCUGUGCGUUGUUCCUGACAUAUCCCAAUUUAGAGGAGAAUGGCUGUGGGUGCGGCAACCAACCCAAGUACCUGUUUCUCUGGUAAGAUCUGAUGGUAUUAUUUAUGCUACAGGCUUAACCUUUACCUACACGCCUGAGCCUGGCCCAAGGCCUCACUAUGGUCCAGCAGACGAUGUGAUGAGGACGGGGACCAUACAGCAACAAAAUCCUGAACACAGUUGGAGUCAGCAACAUGCAGGGAACAUGCAUUGAAAAAAGUAUGUGUUGAGGGUGAAAACUGCGUGGUAAAGGUUUAUUUCUAAUAGUAGAAAAGUGCCUGUUGUCUUGGUAGUUUUGCUUUUUGGCUUCCUUGAGGGGU